UCUGCGCUGCGCUGCUCAGCAGCUGCACGCUCUCACGUCCAGUGUUUGACAAAACCUCCUCGGUUUGACUGUGCGAGCAGAGCGUGUGCGGCGGUAAUGGCUGCCAGGGAGAGUGAGGAAGACAACAAAUGAACCCCGGAGAAACGAUUCAAAGUGAGGACUAGGAUGGUAAGCAGCCAGCCGAAGUACGAGCUGAUCCAGGAGGUGGGGCGUGGCAGUUACGGCGUGGUCUAUGAGGCAGUAGUGAAGUGCACAGGGGCCCGGGUGGCGGUGAAGAAAAUCCGCUGCCACUCUCCAGAAAAUGUGGAGCUGGCCCUGCGGGAGUUCUGGGCCCUCAGCAGCAUCCAAAGCCAGCACCCAAACGUCAUCCACCUGGAGGAGUGCAUCCUGCAGCGGGACCAGCUGGCCCAGAGGAUGAACCACGGCUCCAGCUCCCCGCUCUACCUGGAGCUGGUGGAGACGUCUCUGAAAGGUGAGAUCACAUUCGACCCGUGCUGUGCCUACUACUUGUGGUUCGUCACGGACUUCUGCGACGGGGGCGACAUGAACGCCUACCUUCUGUCCCGCAAGCCCAGCCGCAAGACCAACACCAGCUUCAUGCUGCAGCUGGGCAGCGCCCUGGCCUUCCUGCACCGCAACCAGAUCAUACACCGUGACCUCAAACCGGACAACAUCCUCAUCUCGCAGGCCUGCACGCCGGCCGGGUCGACCGAGCCCACCCUCAAAGUGGCCGACUUCGGCCUGAGCAAGGUCUGCUCCACCUCCGGCCUGAACCCUGAAGAACCGGCCAGUGUCAACAAGUGCUUCCUGUCCACAGCUUGCGGAACAGACUUCUACAUGGCCCCGGAGGUCUGGGAGGGCCACUACACGGCCAAGGCAGAUAUCUUCGCCCUGGGGGUGAUUAUCUGGGCCAUGGUGGAGCGCAUCACCUUUGUGGACGUGGAGACUCAGAAGGAGCUGCUGGGGAGCUACGUGCAGCAGGGCUCAGAGAUUGUACCCUUAGGUGAGGCCCUGCUAGAGAACCCAAAGAUGGAGCUGCUGAUCCCCGCCAGGAAAAAGAGCAUGAACAGCCACAUGAAGCAGCUGAUCAGGGAGAUGCUGUCGGCCAACCCUCAGGAAAGGCCCGACGCCUUUGAACUGGAGCUCAGGCUGGUCCGUAUCGCCUGCAGAGAGCUGGACUGGGACACGUGAUGGACAUGAACGGCACCACAGACUCAGCUGAUCAAGCACAUGUGCACAUCUCAUCAGCUACUGUUAACCUAGGUGGUCACAUAACAGGGGAUUAUUGUUUUUUUUAACUAGGGAACAAUAAUUAGAAUAGUCAUUGUUUGUAUCAUGGCUUAAACUUCAUCCACUGUCCAAGCACAUACAGUCCUCUACUAGCUGUGUCUUUAUAUCGAAGGGGAGAGGUGCGACACCCACCGCUGCUGCUGCUCCAAAACUGCAGCUUAGUCUCAGGCUAAUCACAUCACAGCUUCCACUUCCUCCUUACAGAAUCACUCGAGCGUGAUGAAAGAGCAAAGUGACCCCAAAAGUCCUGCAUUCAAUUAAAAGUGAAAGUCGAAGUGACAGUCAGCACAGUUUAUCUACAAAUACCAUCUUGGACUCGGUGCUAAUUGUUACUAAAUGCAAUAUGAGACAUUAUCCUGUGAUCAUUACAGCGUACAUUAAUCCAAAGGGCCAGUCACCUCAAUGUGUGGAAUGUUUUGAAGCCAUUUGUGGCUUCGACAGAACCUGACUUACAAACUGAUUUCUGGUACAUGAUCACCAGCAUUGAUAUAACAUCAAGAUUUGAUUCUGGCAUCAAAUGCAGACAUGCCCUGAAUGCUCAGGUAAUAAAAACAUACAGCAUGAUGGUAUUUGCAGACAAACGAUCUACUGACAAGGUCAGUUUUGCUCAGUAGUGUUGGAGGGAAAAAAAUACCAAACUUUGGUGCUUGAAGAUAACGUUAUGUUUUGUUUUUUUUGUUCUUUUUUGAAGGCUGCUUCGUUGGUUGUGUGGGUGGGGGACAUUUUAUCAGUAAGUGUCCAGCCAGCAGGUCCUUGUGGUUGGUCUUUCCUCUUUCUGCCCAUUACUGACUUUAUGAUAAAUUGACUGGUCCCAUACCAACCAGUAUGACAGAAUGUAUAACGAUCAAGACAGGUCAAACUUAUUUAUAUAGAGCCUUAAACACAGAAACACUUAAUUUUAAUGACCCAGCGCUUCACAGAAUUAAUGAGCAAGAGAGCCUAAAGGAUAAUUCUGGUUUAUGGUUUUGCAACUCGGGUCUUACUUUUAUGGUUUUGGUCAUAAUAACAUUGUACUCACCAAGUUAAUCGACUGUUCGCUAAACCCUGCCCACCUGAGCUACUGUUGCUAUGUCUGUCAAGCUUUCCAGCAUGGCUUUAUGCAAGGUUACAGUGAUAAACGGGGCAGAUUUACCUCUCGAGAUUUGUGGUAAUUUAUGAAACAUUUGACUGGAUUUUGGACCAUUUUUGACAUUUUGUGGACCCAACGAUUAAUUGAGUAAGGAAUCAAAAGAAAGGUGCAGUAAAUUAUAUUAUUUUUGUUGAAAUAAGUGUCAGUGUGGUGACAAAGGGAGGAGGGAGGGGACUGCUGACUGCAAUACCAGGCAGGAAGUUAGCCAAAAUGCAGAUUUCACUCACACCUUUAAACGAUAAUAAACAAUGAGAUGAUGUUGUAAAUGUAUUGUGAUAGAAAUACAUAAAAUGUAACUUAAACGCACAACACAAAGGUUGAAUUUAUGCUUUACAGCAAGUACAAAUGAAACAAAGAACGGCACAGACAUUGGUGUAACCAUAAACUCUGAUAUUGGAGCAUGUGUGAGCGAUGCUACACUGGCUGCCACUCAGUGAAUGUGCCUGAGCAGGGCCUUUUCCUGUACCUGGAAAACCACAUAAACAUGUACUUAGCUAAUAGCAUUGAUUAGUUUAUCAAUGCUGUGAAACGUGGCAUUUGUCCAUGUAUUCUUGUGCCUGUGAAAAUGAAAAAGUUAUUAGACGCUAACUGACCUUAGAAAUAACGUAAUGCUUAGUCACUACUGUGUAGUAGGUGGAGGAGAAAACAGCAGUGUACAGCAACUGUUGUACACGUCCAGCUCAGUUUAUAGACUGAACUCCUGGUUCAACUUUGAACUACCAAAAUUAGAUGUCCUCACUCAGUUGUUCUCUGCAGUGAGGGGUUAUUACCAAUAUUUCAGGUGCCCUCCCUUUCAGUUUACCUCCAAAUAAAGUGGUUUAGAUCAUCUGGAUAAACCAUAUGGCUUGGUGUUUCUUGCCCCAUUUGACAUCACUGUGGCAAUGUCACCGUGUUCCAAGAUCUCAGGCGAGCAAAGUGUUAUCUUAACCAAAGGAAAUAUUAUCCCAAACUGUGAAAAUAAAACCCAAGUUGCAACGAACCAGAGUUGUCCUUGAACAAGAAAAUUCAAACAACCGAGCACACUACAAUAAAGCAGACAGGCCUACGUUCAAAAGACUUGUGGAGCGACUCCCCCACACAUGGCAAACAAAUCUUCUCUUGAGAGAAAUCCCCAUGUUGCCUAAAUGUAGAUUUUUUUUAUUAAUUAUCUGAAGGGUGAGCUGCGUGUUUUACAAGAGCGGUGACAUGAAUAUUCACAUCUGGGUCCAUUUAGACAAGAGACCUGAAUGAGUAAAAGGGGUGAGGGGAUUCAGUGAAUCUCACUGAAAGGCACUUUUAUUUUUCUGUUUAUAUUUAUUCCUCAUAAAGACCUACUGCAUUAUAUAGGGGAGCUCUGUGAGGCUGGAUUCAGUGCGAUAACUGCUUCGGUAUUUGUUUACCGGGCGAGCACAAUGUCAGCCAGCAGUCUACUUAUGCAUGCAGUGUCUCUCACCUUCAGGGAAGAAGCAAGAGAAGACACCAGCACACUCAAUCCUCCAUGAGCCAGAGGAUCUCUGCUUUUAAAAAAAAAAAAAACAUAAUACUGUUGUAUUUAACUUGAUCUCCUCUCACUGUGUCACUGCUGCUCCUUUCCUUUGGCUCUGGAUCUUACAGUAAUCCCCUUCUUCAUGCUUCCGACAGGCUAAUUCUAAGCCUAUUAAGUUGUUGCAGCACUUGGCAGAGGAUCAUGCUCGGGACCCCUUUUGCCUUUCAGGUCAUACAUAAUUUGUGCACUUUUACAGGAACCUAUAAAACCAAACAAUCCUGGCUUCUUCGCUGCUCUCAGAACUCUGGCGGAAAAUCAAAUUUCCUUUUGACUUGUUGCCAAUAUUUAUCUGCUAUAUGGCCUUUAAUUCUUCCCUCAGCUCUAAUAGUUUUAUUUCCUAUCAAGAUGGGAUUGAGAUUUGCCUAAUUUUGUAGAAAAUUGUUGAUUUUUCUUUCUAUUGUGGCUUCAGUGAUAUUGCACUCAAACACAAGAAUUGGCAGACAUGCUUGAGUUGCUUCACGUUUCACCGACUCAGCGUGGUGCUUUGGUAUGAAAAGCAAUCCCACAAAUCAGUAUUAAAAACGCCUGUCUGUACUGCAGGACAUCGAUGCUGCUUUGGACAAUGUUGCUUCGCUUCAAGAAUGUUGUAUUUGUGGCUUUUUGUUCACGAGCAUCAAAGUUUGGACUCAAAAGUAGGUCACCCAUAUCCUCAGAGCUCUAAGCAGAGCAGAGGAUGAUGGGUAGAGUCAUUUCCGGCCAGAUUUCUUCCUUCAAGCCUUCUAGACGUGAGUGGGGGGAGGAGGAAGACAUUUGGCUUCCUGUGAGGUUUGAGAUGUUUGCCAAACAAAUGCUACGUCUGGGGUAUUAAGAGAUUUCACCCUUUGAUUUGUCGUAUUAAAUUCCUUUGCACAUGUGUAAAUACUGUAUAGGAUCAACAGGGGACGAACAAGGUUGAUGUACAUUUGACUGGAUGUGCUCUGUUUUCAAGAGCCAGAAUUGUUUGACAUGUAAAUUGCUGUGAUGGAUUCAACUUUACUUCAGCUCUUAAUUCAGCUUCAGUUCACUUCAAUCAUGGAAAAGAUGUGAUAUAUUUACAGGUCAAUACUGUCCGUGUGCUAGUGAUAAUUGUAUGUUUUUCAUUGGCCUGUUUGUGAUUUUGUGUAAGCAAAGCUGGUAUACAACGUGGGUCAAAUCCAGUCGUCUUUUCUGUCUGGUACCGGGCUAUUUGGAAGUAGAACAGUUCUUUGGAACUCUGGGACAUCAGUCAGACCUCGACUGUACUAGCCCUGAUCCAGAACCUCCGUACAAUGUACCACCGUACUGCUUUGCCAUCUCCCAGAACUCAGACAUUUCAGUUGAUGACAUUCAACAUUCUGUUGAUGACACAUUCUUGAUUAAAAUGGUUUCCGAAAACUGGUGGAAAUGUGGACUAGUUGGCUAGGUAGCACCAAAAAUCUUGAACAGAACCGGUUGAAGAACCAGAGCUAAUUUUGCAGGAAAAACACUGAGUGACUCGUAGAAAUUGUUAUGGGAAGAAUGUUGAGAAUAAGAAUAUUUUCAGAGACCAGAUGGACAAAAAAACACAAGGCAGGUUCAGAACAAAAAAUGCCACUGGUUGCUUGUUAUAACCUUGAUAGGCAGAAAUAUCUAAGUUCCAGGAGAUACUGAUGCAGGACUGUGAUACCUAAGGAGUCCUGGAUCAGGGUUACACUUAACAUAAAACAAUGUCCUGUGUCAGAUGAAGAACACACUGGGAAUCAUGUCAAAUAAAAGAUCCACACUUGCAACCAGGCAAACUUCUGCUCUCACACUUUUGUAUGAACAAUUUUUUGCUCUUAUGUCAUUUUGAAGAGAUUAAAUGAAGUUUAUCAAAA